AUGGCGUCGCUGUCAAUGAGCGCGGCCGGGAGGGCUGGGUGGACGCCGCAGCAGAACAAGCUGUUCGAGCAGGCACUGGCAGUGCACGACCGGGACACGCCUGACCGCUGGCACAACGUCGCUCGUGCCGUUGGUGGCGGCAAGUCGGCCGACGAUGUCAAACGCUACUAUGAGCUGCUCGUCCACGACAUCGCCCGCAUCGAGGCCGGCAAGGUGGCCUUCCCCGCCUACCGUUCCCCGUGCCCAGGCCCCGGCCACAACGCCGGCUACGAGGCCGACAGGUUUGAAGCACUUGAAGAUCUAGGAAGCAAUGGACAAUGA